AUGGCGACCCAAGCUUCGCACCCCUUCACCUGCAACACCUGCCAGGUGGCGUUCCGCGCCAGCGAGCUGCAGCGCGCCCACAUGCAGACCGACUGGCAUCGCUACAACCUGAAGCGUCGUGUCGCCUCUCUCCCUCCGCUCUCUUCCGAGAUCUUCGCCGAAAAGGUCCUCGCGAACAAGGCUUCGGCCGCCGCCACCGCUGCGCGAGCCCAGUUCGAAAAAGCCUGCGACGCUUGCCAGAAGUCGUACUUCAGCGAAAACGCUUACAACAACCACUUGAACAGCCAGAAGCACAAGCAGAAUGUUCUGGCGAGGCAGAAGGCGGCGCGUUCCGGCGCCAAGGAGGACGAUGCCACUUCGGUCAUGAGCUCGACUUUCUCGCUCGGAGAGCCCAUCGAGACCGCAUCGACUGGCGCCGCCGAUAAGGAGGCGGAAGCCGAGUUUUCCAGGGUUGUUGAUGGCAUGGAGAAGGCUACUUUGGAAGAUGGAGACCCUAUUUCGCGCCGGCCCACCCGCCCCCACCACUCCGAGGCAAACUCUGAGCAAGGAGACGUUCAGUCGAGAGCUGCCUCUACCGCGGAUUCGGCCAAGGGCGAAGUGCCUGACCAGAUCCUCGACUGCCUUUUCUGCAACUAUCGCUCCCCCUCUCGCGAUCUGAACAUCUCCCACAUGCAGCGCUUCCACAGUCUCUUCAUUCCUGAGCCCGACUACUUGGUUGAUUUGGAUGGACUCCUCAAGCAUUUGUGGAGGAAGGUUCAUGAGUACUACCAGUGCUUGUACUGCAACAAACUGGUGUAUACCGCAGCGGGCAUCCAGACGCACAUGCGUGAUACGGGCCACUGCAAGAUCGCCUACGAUUCCGAGGACGAGAUGCUCGAGCUCGGCGAGUUUUAUGACUUCACGCGCACAUACUCCGACGACGGCGAGGGCUCCGACACCGAAGGCGAAGGCGACGGCCAGGAUGACGGCUGGGAAACCGAUUCCAGCGUGUCGGACGUUCCCACCGACGAGAUCACUUCGGUUCCCAUUGACGACCGCUCGGAACUCUACGCCAAGCUCGGUCAGCACAAGCACCACUCGCACACCGACCCGCGCCCGCACAAGGCCGCCGAUGGCUAUCACGCCCACACCCACACCGCUCCCCGCGCCGUGUACCGCGACGAGUACGAGCUCCACCUGCCUACCGGCCGUACCGCCGGUCACCGUUCUCUACGCACCUACUACCGCCAGAACCUCCGCAACUACCCCUCUGCUACCGAGCGCGCCGAGCAGCUCGCCAUCGAGGAGGCACAGGCCUUGCGCCGUGGCGGCUCCGACGACGAGGACGACGGUGGCGUCGAGCUCGACGCUGGCGAACGCGGCCGUGGCGAUGAUCGCGGUCGUGGCAGGCAGGUGAUCACUCGCGCGAACGGCGGAUCGGGUAUGAUCGGGGUCAGCGAUAUCAAGAAGAGGGAGGUCCGCGUGGCAGAGAAGAGAGGAGCGAAGCGCGCGCAGCGCGACCAAGCGAAGGGGGAAUGGAUCAAGAACAAGAAGGGCAACAACCAGAAGCACUUCAGGGACCCUCUUCUGCAGUGA